CUAGGCCAAUGGGCUACUGCUGCUGCUGUUGCUGAGUGGAAGUUGUCGGGCGAGCUCACAGGCAUCGGGGGCUUCUCCAGGCAUCUGAGCUGGCAGUUAGAGGGGCAGAGGAUUAUGCAGCUGACUGGCACCCCCCUGCCACCAUGUACGUGAGUUACUUGUUGGAAAAGGACGCUGCUGCCAUGUACCCUGGAUCUAUGCGCGCCCACCCGGGGCUGCACAACUACCCCACUGCCCCCCAGUACCCUGACUAUGCCGGAUACCAUGCAAUGGGGAUAGAGCACGGGGCACCUUCCUCUGGCUCCUCCACUGGCUGGAUCACCCCCUAUGGACCCCCAAGGGAUGAAUGGGGGGUUCAUCCAACUUAUUCCCCCGGGCACUCUCACAUCAACCCCUCUCCUGUAGGGAACAUGACCUUUAGCCCUGACUAUUCCCCGGCGCAGGUGCAAGGACAGCCUUGUAUUGGGGUAUUACCAGCUGGGCCCCCACCACCAGCUCAACUAUCGCCAGAAUCAGAAGAUGAACACCGACGGCAUCACUACGAAUGGCUCAGGAAACCAGUCCCCCAGGCAAACAUACCGGGAUCCAAGACAAGGACAAAGGACAAGUAUCGCGUUGUAUACACAGAUCAGCAGCGGUUAGAGCUGGAGAAGGAAUUCCAUUACAGCAGAUAUAUCACUAUCAGGAGGAAGGCAGAGCUGGCAGUCGGUCUGGGGCUCUCCGAGAGGCAGGUAAAGAUCUGGUUUCAAAACAGAAGAGCCAAAGAAAGAAAAAUCAACAAGAAAAGAAUCCAGCAGACUCAGGCUGGCCAAAAUGGACCAGACACUCUCAGCCCAGAACCUUCCAUUACCCACCACAUGAUACAACAUGCUACGAGUAAUGUGGGGGGCUUGCCAAAUGCUGUCACACAGUGAAACCCCUACAUCUGAAUGCUUGAUCAUGAGCAGCUCUCACAGACUGGCCCACUCUCUGGAUCCCCAGCUGGUUGGACAUGGACCCAGAUGGUGCUGUUUGUGCAUGGAAGUCACUAUGAGCAAGACCCUUCUUAAGUAGUUGGAUUGAUGGGGAGCUCUGACAGCUACUCCCUGGUUUUAUAUGCAACUGGGGGCUGCUAAUAGUAUCACCUGCCUACCCAGGCUCUUCCUGGUACCCAUUAGGUGGAUACAACUGGGAGCUGCUAACAGUAACACCCAGGAAUGGACUGCUAUUCAUUGGGUGUGUAUCCUUGGGGGGUCACUGACAGCACCCUAGGACUCCUGCAUACUCUUAUAGACUUUUACCUAAAAAUCAUUUCUCCUAUGAGAUUGAAGGGUUGGAACCCAGGCUUUAAAAUAUGCAGUUAAUUUUAAUAUAUUUGUACAUAAAAUGGUAACAAAAAUGAUAUUUUUAUGUGAUAUUGUAUGUCUCAGGGAUUACUUGUUUACUUAAAUAUAACCUGACAGGAUGGGUUAUUACAGAGGUAAAGGCUGACCGUCUAUAUGAUAUGGCAGCUCCACAUGUGCCAGUUAAUGGGAGCAGAUGCUACAGGGUGGGGGAAAUAUUCUGUUAAAUUUUAACCAUCUUCAAAGCAAAUGAUAUGUAUAGUACCCUGCCGCAUGCAAUAGAAUAGAAGCAAGCACACCGACAUUUCAAUGCAGGAUUAGAUCCCUUCUAUUAAAAUAUUUUAUUGUAAGUUAUACUGUGCCAGCAGUGUGUGGCAUACACGGGGCUCCCAUCUCCCUUUCUCAAAUGCAACCUCUUCCCUGUCCAGUGGUAAGAGACCUUGUCCCGUAAGCUGACAUUUCCUGCUGCUUGAAGAUCAGGGGCCUCAUCCACUCAGGGCUCUUACACACAGGCAUUUAUAAGUGGCUUCCCCUUCUGUAGCAUUUUAGUGAAUUCCACCCAGGGCGUAUUUACUAUAUUGGUACCUUAGGGCAUGUGCUUAAGGCAGCAGCUUUAGGGAUGUCCAGAAAAAAAAUAAUUCCCCCCCCCCAACCCACCACCGGAUGCUUUCAGCUAAAUCUGGUGGCAGUGCCAAUGAGGCUGAGGUGGGUGCCCACGGAAGCACCGGACCUAAAUACAGCCCCAGUUCCAAGAUACAGCAAUGCAGGAGUUAACUGAUCCCAGUUCUAUGAGCAAAGUACUAUUGGGUGUGAAUGUAAAGGUUCCAAGCUCAAGGGGUGCCAGUUCAUCCUGCUGCUGAUAUUAAUCUUUUAUUUCAGCAUUUUAUCAAUCAGAUAAAUAGACCAUGAUGAAUGGCAUUAAAACAGGAGUAGGCAGCCUUUAGCACCUCAACCACUGGGAGUUGUAGUUCUGUCUCCAGUUAACACAAAAGCCUGUCUGUCUCUCUUUCUGUACUAUAAAGCAAUUAUGUUGGGAGACGUUUACAUCACCAUUUGCGCCUCUCCUUGCUGGUAUCUGGCUAGGCACAUUGUUUGGUUCAGCAACGAAGAUGAAUGGGGAAUCAAUACCUUGGAAUCCUGCAGCAAAGAACUGUGAAUUGUUGUUCUGAGUGUUUUAUAUCUGCUCUGUAUUUGAAAAGAAACUAAAGAAAGUACGAAAAACUCGGAGGAUAUAUUUAACUUAUUGCAAAGGUUAUGCCUGUGCCGCAGGGUCAUGCUUCAUGCAGAUCAUUGCAGUUGUUGGAACAGAAGGAAUUUGUGAGCGAUGCAAAAUAAAGAUGAAAUUUGGUGGCGAA